CUAAAGCUAGUACGUACGCAGCCGUUCGAGCGGCGUAUAAGAGGCCGACUAGGACUCUGGGGUAGCCCUGCAAGAGCGGCUCUUCCAGCUUCAGCAGACGACCAUUCGGGCAUCAUAUUUCCGACAACGCAAUGAACAACACCUCGCCAGUUCCUAUCCUCAUCGCCGGCGCAGGGCCCACUGGACUCAUCCUGGCGCUGACGCUCCUUCAGAACGGCAUACAAGUCCGCAUCAUUGACAAAGACGCAAAUCGAGACCCGGGUCAACGAGGCUCUGGCUUACAGCCGCGGACAUUGGAGCUGUUUCGCUUCCUCGGCGUCCUGGACGAUGUACUUGCAAAGGCAUUGUCUGGCUUUCAGAGGCGCCAAUACAAACCAGGUGGGGUGGAGACACUCAAGAUAACGACAAUAGCUCCCAUCGAGGAUCCCACUCCUUCGACCCCCUACAUGAAUGCGAAGAUGCUGGGCCAGUACAACACAGAGGCGAUCCUCCGCUCACACAUCGAGCGCCUCGGCGGCUCCGUGGAGUACGGCACGGAACUGCGUAGCUUCGUGCAGUACCAUGACCGCGUCGAGGCGCUGCUUGCUACUAAGAACGGUGAGGCGGAGAAGACUGAGACCGUGGUAACCCACUGGCUUGUAGGUUCGGACGGGGGCAGAAGUGCCGUCCGCAAGCAGUUAAACCUGUCCUUCGUUGGAGAAACUCGUACGGAGGGCCAGUGGAAGGCGGUGCUCGGUCUGGUCGAGACGCAGGGACUCGGUACCGACUACUGGCAUCAGUGGGGAGACAUUAACACUGCCGGACUCGCGAUGAUGCCCACGGAGAGGCCCGGCUGGUUCAGCUUUAUGUUCAAAGCGGCCGCGGAUGAGGAUAAACUGCUGGUGAAUAGGAAUGCACUUGUGGAGGCCCUCUACAAACAAGUCGAGCGGAAGGAUCUGGUGUUCGGGCAAGUCGAGGCGCUCUCGUUGUACAGACCGAACGUCUGCAUGGUCGACAAGUUCAGCGAGGGCCGGGUCUUCAUUGCUGGAGAUGCGGCGCACAUUCACAGUCCCGCCGGUGGUCAGGGCCUGAACUCCGGCACUCAAGAUUCCUUCAACCUCGCAUGGAAGCUCAGCCUCAUCGAAAAGGGUUUGGCCUCUCCUUCCCUGCUCGCCACGUACACCGAAGAGCGCCUCCCCGUCAUCGCCGCCAUGCUACAGAAGAGCACGAAGCUCUUCAACGCGAUGCAGAAGAACGCCGAGGAGGGCUGGAAGCGCGGUGGCGACCUGCGGAUGCUCGGCAUCAACUAUCGCUGGAGCUCGAUCGUCGUCGAUGAGCGCACGCCAAAGGCGGAGUCGCCCAACGACGUGAACCCGUACGGCUCCGGCAACGACAGCGAGCUCAGGGCGGGUGACCGCGCGCCGGAAGCACCGGACCUCGUGCCGGUGCGCACUGGAGAGGCGGACGGCGCGACGUCCCUAUUCAACGUGUUUCGGCCUACGCAUCAUACGGUGCUGUUGUUCAAUCUGCCCGCGGAGGAGACGGAGCAGCUUCUGCAAGCGGUGCAGAAGUACCCGGCUGGCUCCGUUAAGACAGUGCUGGUCUUCCCGCAGGGCACGUUCGACCCGCAUGUCGCUGGUCAACCCGACCUUGUGGUGGUCGACAAGGGCAGUCAUGCGUACGCAGGGUACCUUGUGUCCCCGGAGAAGCCGACGAUCGUGAUCGUGCGUCCGGACGGAGCUAUCGGUGGAAUUGCGUACGGCUUGAAAGGCUUAGAUAAUUAUUUCCGAGGCGUGUUCUCUGUGAUUGGCGAAGCAUUGUAGUGUUGUAGAUAUA